CGCUGCACGUUUGACAGCAGCAGUUGAACGGGUGGGAGAGGACCACAGGCUGCGGGGAAGUCGUGCAUCGCCGAGAGACGAGUCCUAGCCGGGAGACAGGAGGAAGAGAGAAAGCAGGGGGAAAAUACGAUUGAAUCCGGACCUGAUACGAGACUAACGCUACAUUGCGAGAUCACGAACAGAAAGCUCUGAAGUCGUCCAGGUUCAUCAGCUGAGAGGAAACGACAGGACAAAGGUCUCGAGGGCAGGAUCUCUUCAGGUGUCUUGAGAGCAGGAUCUUUUCAGGUGCUCCGGUGUUGUUCGGACACUGCAUGUGCUCUGGUCGUGACUGACUUCACUCUGACCAGAAGGGGGAAGGUUUUUUCACGUUGCCCUUGGCUUUGACCAGAGAGGGGGGAAGGUUUUCCACGUUGCGCAUAUCGUGCAGCCCCAGCAUGGACAGGAAGAGGAAGUGGAGCGUUGGUGGAGGAGCCGUGCUCUGGCUCCUCUCGGCUCACGUCUCUGUGGCCUUGGAAGUUCCUCUGGACCCUAAAGUUCUGGAAGGAUUGCCACAACCACCAACAAUCACUUACGAGUCCCCGAAAAAUUACAUCAUCGACCCACGGGAAAACAUCAACAUCAACUGCGAGGCGAAAGGACAGCCUCACCCCAGCUUCUCAUGGACGCGGAACGGGACACACUUUGACGUGGACAAAGACCCCAAGGUGACCAUGAAGCCGAACUCGGGGUCGCUGGUCAUCGACAUCAGCAACGGAGAGAAGGUGGAGGCCUACGAGGGCAUAUACCAGUGCACAGCGCACAAUGAUCACGGCGUCGCGGUGUCCAACAAUAUUGUCGUCCGCCAGUCAAGGUCCCCCUUGUGGUCGAAGGAGAGAAAUGAGCCCAGGUUGGUCCAGAGGGGAGACUCCCUGAUCCUGCACUGCAGACCCCCAGCAGGGCUGCCUCCACCCGUGAUCUUCUGGAUGGACCCAUUUUUCCAGCGUCUGCCACAGAACAGCCGCGUAUCCCAGGUGUUGAAUGGGGACCUGUACUUCUCCAACGUGCUGAUGGAGGACGCCCGCAGUGACUACAUCUGCUACGCCCGCUUCCCCUACACCCAGACCAUACAGCAGAAGCAGCCCAUCACUGUCAGAGUGAUAGACAUGGAUGCAAUGAAUGAAACAGUCGUGGCGUCUUUUAUCAAUGAGACACAUUUGUUUGGUGACGCUGGUGCCGUGGGUGAGCGGAAGCCCACCUUCAUGUUACCAACUGGAACCAGCAGCACCUCCAUGGUGCUGAGGGGAGAGAGACUGCAGCUGGAGUGCAUCGCAGACGGCCUUCCUACACCGGAGAUCUCGUGGAGUAAAGACAACGGCGUCCUCCCCGAGGGACGCUUCUCCUUCCAGAACUUCAAAAAGACCCUGCAGAUCACCGAGGUGACCGAGACCGAUGCCGGCAACUACAGGUGCACGGCCAAGAACAGCCAGGGAGACGCCCACCACGUCAUCACCGUGGAAGUGAAAGCUGCCCCCUACUGGACUGGUGCCCCUCGGAACCUCAUCCUGGCCCCCAAAGAGAGCGGCAUCCUCACAUGCCUCGCUGGGGGCAACCCCAAACCCAAGGUGGCAUGGUCUGUGAAUGGGAUGCCCAUUCAAAAUGCCCCCAACGACACCAGUCGCGAGGUGAGGGGCGACACCAUCUUCCUCUCCGACGUCCCCACAGGGUCCAGCGCUGUCUACCAGUGCAACGCCUCCAAUGAGUUCGGCUACCUGAUGGCCAACGCCUUCGUCAAUGUCCUUGCGGAGCCACCACGAGUGCUCACUCCGCCCAAUAACGUGUACCAGGUCAUCACCAACAACCUUGCCUUACUCCACUGUGCCUCGUUCGGAUCCCCUAUUCCCACCAUCACCUGGUUCAAGGAUGGCCAGACCAGUAUACUGAACGGAGAUCCGUAUGUACUUCACACCAACGGCACGCUGGAGAUCCAUGUGGCCCAGCCCUUGCACAGCGGCAAGUACACCUGCAUCGCCACCAACUACCUGGGCAGCAAGGAGAACCACGUCUACCUAGAGGUCAAAGAGCCCACACGCAUUCUGAAGCAGCCGGAGUAUAAAGUGGUCCAGCGUGACAGGAAGGCAGUGUUUGAGUGCAAGGUCAAGCAUGACCCCACCCUCAUCCCCACCAUGGUCUGGCUCAAGGACGGCGGAGACUUACCCGACGAUGACAGGUUUGUGAUUGGUGCAGACACCUUGACCAUCUCUGACGUGACGGAGGCCGAUGAGGGCACGUACACCUGCAUCAUGAACACCACCCUGGACCAGGACUCCGCCAGCGCGACGCUCACCGUAGUAGAGGCCACACCCACUCCGGCCAUCGUUUACGAGAGACCAGACCCGCCUACUGACCUGGAGCUUACCGAUCAGAUGGAGAGGAGCGUCCAGCUCACCUGGAUCCCCGGAGAUGAACACAACAGCCCCAUCGAGAAGUUCCUCAUCCAGUACGAAGACUCCCUUCAUGAGCGGGGAGUGUGGGUCAACAUGACGGAGGUCCCUGGCACCAAGACCACGGCCCGGCUGGACCUGUCUCCAUACGUGUACUACUCCUUCAGGGUUCUGGCACUGAAUGAUGUGGGCUACAGUGAGCCCAGUGUACCAUCGGAACAGUACCGGACCAGUCCAGCCAAGCCAGAUGACAAUCCAUCAGAUGUUGAAGGUUUUGGAACAGACCCCAAGAAUCUAGUUAUAUCAUGGAAGCCACUGACGGGUCUCCAGUCCAACGGUCCGUACCUGCAGUACGUGGUGAGCUGGAGGCAGAAGGAUCUGGACCAGGAGUGGGCCACCGUCACCGUGGAAAACGUCUCGCAGUACGUGGUGCCCGAGACGCCCACCUUCGUGCCCUUCGAGAUCAAGGUCCAGGCCAUUAACCGCUACGGGUCGGCACCCGAGCCCCAGGUGGUGGAGGGAUACUCCGGCGAAGAUUUGCCCUCAGCAGCUCCAGCCAGUGUGAAAGUCGAGGCAGGAAAUAACACGAUCGCAGAGGUCAGCUGGGAGCCUGUUCCCAUGGCAACAGUCCAUGGAAAACUGCAAGGCUAUAAGGUGUACUACUGGAGGGAGAAGAGCCUGCUGCAGGAGGACUCAGAGCCCGAGGAGGUCCAGGUGAUGGUCUUCAGCGGGAACAAGACGGAGGGCAAGGUGCCUGGCCUGCACCCCUACAGCCUCUAUAACAUCCAGAUCAGGGUGUUCAACGGCAAGGGAGAGGGCCCACAAAGCGUCACGCAGACGUUUGAGACGCCCGAAGGAGUUCCCGGACCUCCAGCCUUCCUCCACUUCACUGACCUCAGCCUGGACUCUCUGACGCUGGUGUGGGGACCGCCCAAGCAGGACAACGGCCGCCUGACAGGCUUCACGCUCAAAUACCAGCCCGUGAACAACACGAGCGAGCUCGGUCCCAUGGAGGAAAUGACCCUGCCGGCCAACGAGACGAAGCUCACCCUCUCCAGCCUGAAACAGAGCACCCGCUACAAGUUCUACAUCAGCGCCAACACAAUCAAGGGAGCUGGCCCCACCAUCACAGAGGAGGCCGUCACCAUCAUAGACACUGCUCGUCCCACCAGCCGGCCGUUCGGAAGGGUAAACUCAUCCGUGGAGCAAAACGGAGCUGUUAUAAGCUGGGAGUACUCGGGUCCAGAUAACAUUUACGUGGAAUAUAAUGUAGAAAACAGUAAGGACGCGUGGACUAAAGAGUUUGUAAACGGCACACAAACGUAUCUGAUUAAGGGUCUAAAGGCGGGCACGUCGUAUAGGGUGCGAGUGGUGGCCAAAGACCACUCGGACCAAACGCUGCACAGCACAGAUGAGCUGGUCAUUACGGUCCCAGCGAUGCCAAGCCAGCAGGUUGACAUAGCCACACAAGGCUGGUUCAUCGGGCUCAUGUGUGCUGUUGCCCUCCUCAUCCUCGUCCUCCUCAUCGUCUGCUUCAUCAAGAGGAAUAAAGGAGGAAAAUAUCCCGUGAAAGAGAAAGAGGACCAGCACCAGGACCCAGAAAUACAGCCCAUGAAGGAGGAUGAUGGCACCUUUGGAGAAUACAGUGACACGGAGGACCACAAGCCUCUGAAAGGUAGCCGUACGCCGUCCAACGGCACGGUGAAGAAGGACGACAGCGACGACAGCCUGGUGGACUACGGCGAGGGCGGCGACGGUCAGUUCAACGAGGACGGCUCCUUUAUCGGCCAGUACAGCGGCAAGAAGGAGAAGGACACGGCAGAGGGCAACGAGAGCUCCGAAGCGCCCUCGCCCGUCAAUGCCAUGAACUCGUUCGUGUGAGAGCGCCAGAAAAAAAACAAACAAACAAAAACAAAAACAACAGGGAGACAAACGAUUUCUGGACUUCACACGAAUUCACCACACACACUCACACACACACACACAGACACACACACACACAUACACACACACACACACACACACACACACACACACACACACACACACACACACACACAGAUAUAUACACACACAGAUAUACAUAUAUGUGCUCAUUUAACAUGGGAGAGAAGAAAGGAGAAAAAUUCUUCUCUCUUACGCACACACACACACAUACACACACACACACACACACACACACACACACAUACUGUAAACACACACGCACACGCACACACACACACACACACACACACACACACACACACACACACACACAUACAUUGACAUCCUUCAUUGUUGCCAGGCUGUCCCAUCGCCCUUGUACAUCAUGAACUCUUGUGUGACCUGACGCAUGUAGAGACAGACAUGGCACCUCGUCUUCAUCACACACACACACACACACACACACACACACACACACAAAUUCACACACACACAAACAUCUCAAACAUUGAGACACUUCACCACCAGGCUGUCUCAUCACACUGUGAACUCCUCCCCCCGCCCCCCUCAGCACACACACACACACACACACACACACACACACACACACUCACACUCACACACACUCACAUGCUCACUUUGCCAAAUGCAAACCAGUGAACCGACCCCAGGCCAGCCACAGUGACUGCGAGGAGGGAAUGAGAAAGGCAGGAGAGCAUUUGGGAUGAAGAGCCGGAGGGAAUCUAAUGUCUCAGACUGGCUACCUUCCUCCCAGUCUGCGCAAAACUAAAUGGGACAGGAGAUUCUUCUAUUACAUUGUUUUGAUUUUAUUUACAAAUAUACAAAUAUAUAGAUGAGAAUUAUAUAUAUGAGAUCAUAAUAUAUAUAUAAAUAUAUAUUAUAUAUAUGAGCAAUAUUUUCUUCGCCACAUGAACUAUUGGUAGUUGAAUAGCAUCACGCUAACACAUUUUAGCAUCCUUUAGCUUUUGCGGCAUAUUUCCCCAUAGAGUUAAGCAUUCCGAGGUAGCGAUGUACAUGAUGACCAUGUUGAGAGCUUCCUGUGGGUUUCACACUUGACUGUUUCACGCCACACAUUUGCAAACACAGGUAAUGCUGUCCUGCGUUUCAUCCUCGUCAACAACAACAAACAAAAACAACGGCAAUGAAAAUAACCUACUGAUACGAAAACAGUAUUAUAAUCUGUAUUAAUCAAAGGAUAAAGACAAGUCACACCGAUGUCUUUGUGGACAUUUUUGUAAAAAUGUGUGACUCGAUGUAAAAGCUAUUAUGAAUAUUAACAUUAUUAUGUCUUAUUUUGCAAGACAAAUGAGCUGUCUGUAUAUAUCUAUACUGUAAUUUUCAGAAAACAAAUCUAUCCGUAGGACAUCAGGGACAGGAGCUGGGAAGCAGCGCUCUCUGGGCCGGCGCAGGCCCUGAACUGGCCCUUGUCAGAGCCGGAUGUGCAUUAGUCAGCUGCUACACCGUGAGAUCGCUCAGCGCUUUAGUCCCUGAAGACUGUGCUAGAUACAGCACACACACACACAUACACACACACACACAAACAAACAAACUAUCACACACACACACACACAGUCACUAUUACACAGAAGGACACACACACACAGACACACACACACUACUAGCGAUUCAGCAAACUCAAAAUGACACCCAUGCAUUUUUCUCACAAAUGUAGCCUUGAUGGAUUUUCUAAAUCUAUUUUCAGAUAGGUACACUUUUUCGUUGUUGUGUUUUGUUUUGUUUUGUUGUGUUUUCUCUUUUUUUCAGCUUGCUGUUUCUUUGUAAAGGUUUAUUUAUUUUGGUCUCAGAUGUGGACUUCCUGUUGCAUUCCUCAAGCAGAGGAAACCCAGGCAGGCAGAAGCCAGUUUAUGGCCCAGACGCAGGCCAGAUCUGGGGUGGAUAUGUGUGUCACGCCCAGGUGCACUCUGGGAAGAGAGGAAGUGGGGAUUUGAGAUUGUCUUGGCGAGCAGCAGUUGUUAUGGUUUCCUCUCGUCAAUUGUGGUUCAUGAGAGCCCUCUCUCAACACAAGGCUCACAGUAAUCCAUACCCCACCCUUUCAGUCACAAACACACACCCUCUCUCUCUCUCACAAUCACACAAACACACACACACACAAACACACACGUAACUUUACCCAGCCUUUGCCCAGCCUGUGCUCUAUAGAAAGAGAGAGAGAAAUGAACAUGCAUACACACCACAGACGUGUUUAGAAGCAGUCUCUUACUGUAGAGGCCUUUCCUGGCCUCACUGCAUGGUAACUAGUGCCUUUGUAGAGAACAGUGUUCUACGUUCAAUCAUUUAGACACCCCCUUCUCCCAUGUCUCACCUCCCCUUGUGCUCAUGCACUCGAUUGCACACACACACACACACACACACACACACACACACACGUACCAAGCAGCAAGGAGAGAUUCACCAAUGUCAAAAAGUUAAAGAGAUUCACCACCACAUUCAUGUACCAUUCAGAGAUUCUUCUUCGUCACCCACCCAGCCUGCAGGCAGAAGUGAGCAUGCUCUCAUCUCAAGCCCUCAUUGGCCGCAUUAUGCAGAAGGGGAGGGGCUGCUUCUUUUCUACCAAGCAGCUGCAACUACUGCCAUUCUGACAGGUUAACUGCCAUUGGACCCCAGCCACCAGAGGUGGCGCUAUAAUACAGGCUACGGGUGACUGCAGGUGUGGGGAGGGGGGGUGGGGGGACCUGAAUUGGUGUCAUAAUAAACAACGAAAAGAAGGAAAAUAAAGUAAAAGAGUACAUAGGUCUGGGAGGGGGUCGUAUAAAAAUGUGGAAUGUCGAAUAACGAAAAUAGCAGUUACCUAUAGGUUAGGUUAGACAAACUCAGUGUGAACAAUAAUGUGUAGGUUGUUUUAUUUCUUCACGUAUAGCCAUGCUUUUGUUUUGUUCUUGGGCCAUGGUAAUGCAUGUUUAUGAGUAUUGCAAGCUUUGGAGUGUAGCGUCGUGAAGAGAAGCACUCUGUUCUCACCUAGAUACCAAUCCAACACAGACAUGAUUGAUUGGAGUGUGUGUGUGUGUGUCUCAGCUGUAUCAGUGUGUGUCUGUGUUCACUGUAUGUUGGUGCAAGAAUGAAGAAUGUGACACGUGUGUGUGUGUAUGCAAGUGUGUGUAGGUUUUUUCAAGACGACUGUAUGUGUAUGUAUGUUGUCUUAGUGGGGUUCUACUCUGUUUGGCGAAGCCCCAGAUUUUUUUUUUUUUUUUUUUUGAUUUAGCUUGUCAUGACUUGCAUCAAGUUUUUCUGUUUUGCUUUUCCUUCUUUUAGUUUGGAGUUGUCUGGCUUUAUACGUACCUAUAGAUAUUUUGUUGCUUUGUAAAUAUAACCUGAUUAAUUUAAGACAAGAUGCCAUACCAGUAAAAAAACAGAGAAAGAAAAACAGCCAACUUGAAAAAGCUUAAUCUGCUACUAAACAUGGGGAAUGCAAAAAGGAAAAAAAAACGUUAAAUGCAAAUGUCAAGUGUUUUUCUUCUUUACACCACUGUGCGUCUACGCCACUGUGUGAGAAUUUGGAACUAGGGAGCAGACGACUCACCCGGUUUGAAUCUGGCCUAGAUAUGGCCCAGGUGCGGCUAAACUGGCUGAGGUCCGAGUCAGCUCGAGUCAGAGGCUCUCUGCUUUACCAUGCAUCGUGUUGUUUGUGGAACCUGCUCCCACACUGGAUUCACUUCCGACGUUGUUCAUUUGCUGUGAAAAAAAGCAUUGUUUUAUGCUGUCAUGGAGAUAAAACAAAUACUUACACAACAAUUAGCAUUUAUUUCCUCCUGCUCAUGCUUCUGAUGGGGUGCAUGAGGAAAAAGAAAAGUUAUCAGUAAGAUUCUCGUUAACCUGCUCUCUGUUUGUCUCAGACGGGUCAUGUUCUUCUUUGUGUACCUAAAAAUGGAGAACCUUAAAGAACACUUCAAGAACACACUAGAACCCAGAAAACAUGCAGAUCCUAUCAGACUAUUUGGCAGCAUAAUGGCACUGCAUACUCCUUUGAAAAAGCCUGUUUUUUUCCCCUUCUUUCGUUUCUUUUUUUCUAUUUUCUUUCUUUUUUGUGAAUGGUGUCCAAUGGUAGGAUAUAAUAUAUGAUAUGAUAUGAUACAAACGUUCUGGUGAAAAUGUCAAAGCUACAUAAAGCUUAGCAUGAAAGGCUGUCAAAUGGUUUACUCUAUGAUAUUAUUGCAAAAUAUUUUGUAUUUUAAAUGAUAAAAAAAUAAAUGUUGGUUUCAGGAUUUCACAACCAAA